CUUUACUUCUUGUAAUCAAGUUUGGCUGUUGAAUCCUUUUAAACCUUGCAGUGCACCCCCACUUACUCCACUCUCUAUAUUUUUUGAUCUUCUAUAUAAGCUGUUGAACUGUCGCACACACGUUCCUAUAACUUGGGUUUCAGAGUUCCGCUGAUCUUACUGAUAGGCUUGCAGGAGUUGAGUUGAGGGAUGGGCACCCGAGAAAUCAAGUCACCUGAAACCCUGCCUGAGACACCAGCAAGUUUUGAUGUGAAUUCCGAGUCAUCUCGGAGAAAGAAGCUUGGUAUCUAUUUCAUGGAGUCUGAUGACAGGCGAACAGCUUUGGGAGGUGGAUAUACAGGGGGAACUACUCCGGUUAACAUCCGUGGGAAGCCUAUUGCCGACUUGUCCAAGACAGGUGGUUGGAUUGCCGCCUUCUUCAUAUUUGGGAAUGAAAUGGCUGAGAGAAUGGCUUAUUUUGGGCUAUCUGUAAAUAUGGUGGCAUUUAUGUUCUAUGUUAUGCAUCGACCAUUCUCAAGUUCAGCAAAUGCAGUUAACAAUUUCUUGGGGAUAUCCCAGGCAUCCUCUGUUCUUGGUGGUUUUUUAGCUGAUGCAUAUCUUGGUCGAUAUUGGACAAUAGCAAUUUUUACAACAAUCUAUCUUGCGGGUUUGACAGGAAUAACCUUAUGCGCAACAAUGAACAUUUUUAUGCCAAACAAAGAUCAGUGUGAUCAGAUUGCUCUACUUUUGGGCAAUUGUGAACCUGCCAAACCGUGGCAGAUGCUUUACCUCUACACUGUACUCUAUGUGACUGGAUUUGGUGCUGCAGGUAUUAGGCCCUGUGUAUCUUCUUUUGGGGCUGAUCAGUUUGAUGAAAGAAGUCGAGAUUACAGGGCUCACCUAGACAGAUUUUUCAACUUCUUCUACCUUUCUGUCACCGUUGGGGCUAUUGUAGCCUUUACUGCCGUGGUCUACAUUCAAAUAAAACAUGGAUGGGGCUCUGCUUUUGGUUCCUUAGCCAUAGCUAUGGGCAUGUCAAACAUGGUCUUCUUUCUUGGUACUCCUUUAUACAGGCACAGAUUGCCUGGAGGCUCUCCUUUGACACGAGUUGCACAAGUCCUAGUUGCUGCCUUUCGGAAGAGAAAGGUCCCUUUUGAUAGCAGUGAGUUGGUAGGCCUAUAUGAGGUUCCAGGCAAAGUAUCUGCCAUAAAGGGCAGUAACAAGAUAGCUCACAGUGAUGAUUUCAGAUGUCUGGACAAAGCAGCUCUGCAACUGAAGGAAGACAGUGUUGAUCCAAGUCCUUGGAGGCUUUGCACUGUGACCCAAGUGGAAGAAGUUAAAAUUCUUGUGAAACUCAUUCCAAUUCCAGCCUGCACUAUAUUGCUCAAUUUAAUCUUAACAGAGUUUUUGACUCUCUCGGUACAGCAGGCAUAUACACUGAAUACUCACAUUGGUCACCUGAAACUUCCUGUCACGUGCAUGCCAGUCUUUCCCGGCCUCAGCAUAUUUCUUAUACUCUCCCUUUAUUACUCUGUAUUUGUCCCACUGUCCAGGCGCAUUACUGGUCAUCCUCGUGGUGCAUCUCAACUUCAGAGGGUAGGCAUUGGAAUGGCGGUUUCAAUCCUAUCCGUGGCAUGGGGUGGGAUUUUUGAGAGGUACCGAAGAAAGUAUGCAAUAGAACAUGGGUAUGAAGUUAGUUUUCUAACUCCCAUGCCCGAUCUAAGUGCCUACUGGUUGUUGAUCCAGUAUUGCCUUAUAGGGAUUGCCGAAGUAUUUUGCAUUGUGGGAUUGCUAGAAUUCCUCUAUGAGGAGGCCCCAGAUGCCAUGAGAAGUAUUGGUUCAGCUUAUGCGGCUGUAGCGGGCGGUUUAGGUUGCUUUUCAGCCUCUAUAUUGAACAGCAUUAUCAAAUCUGUAACAGGGAAUGCAGAGAAAAGGCAACCAUCAUGGCUAUCCCAGAAUAUAAAUACAGGAAGGUUUGACUACUUCUAUUGGCUUCUUACGGCUUUGAGUAUCAUCAAUUUCUGCGCUUUCCUGUAUGCAGCACAACGGUAUCAAUAUAGAGUAAAGCAGGUGAUUUGAGAUGGGGGAGCGAGCAAAUGUACAACUCAGUAGUAAAUAGUUUCCCUUUGUAUUGGAAUUGUAUGGAGACACAGCAUCACUAUGUGAAAAUCAGACUUCAAUUUUUUUUUUUUUUAUGUUCCUCCUAUAUAUUGGUUGUUAUAGGCAACCAGUAUAAUUAUAUAAUUAUGGCAUCAUCCUAACAAUCAGGAAUUGUCUCCCAUGUAAUUAUUCGAUGACUGCAGCGUGCCAUUGUGCAGGAAUACCAUCCAUAAGAAUAAGCCG